UUAUUCAGUCACAGAAUCACUUUAAACACGAAACCAAACAGCCUGUCAAUAAUUUGAAUCAACUUCUUUCAGAAUUACCAAAGAAACAUUUUUUGCCAGAAUGUUUGGGUAAAGUUAUAAAAUCAUUUUGUUAGAAUACAAUGAAUACAUACAGUACACGACGUGUUUAACUACAACUAUAUAUCCCAUGUUAUCAGUUCAAUUCAAAUUUCACAGUUAAUAUCAAAAUCCGAGCUUCAGUUGUCUGUUUGUACAUCUAUCCUUGAUAAAACUAUCCUGGAAACUGCAAAAGGAAGACGAAAAGCAAAUUGCUACAUUGAAAACGACUUGAGGGCUCCUCACACAUUCAAGACAUAACUGGAAACUGCAGAGAUAACGAACUGAUUAAAGAAGUAAGUUUCCAGUUAUCUCUGGAUCACCAGGUGAAUACUCUACGGUUGUCUGGAAGUUAUUAUGAUUGUACCAAGUUUAUCUGGAGAAAAAAACUUUAAACAGGAAAUGCGACUUUCCCCCUGUUAUUACAUCUCUAAUGUUUGGAGGUAUAAAUAGGUUUGCUCCCAAAUCGAGGCGAAGGCCCGGAUGAUCAAUGUUUUCAUUCAUCGGCGCGAAACACGGCAAAUUUCAACUUAAUAAUUAUCAAUCAGCUGAUUAUCAGUCGAUCAAAUCGAAGCUUAGGACUCAGGGGCACACUUGGCGUACGAAACGGUGCGCUUAUUGAUCGAAGGAGGGGUUUUUAAGCGUGCGAAGGAGAGACCCCGUCAUGGCCACGUCUUUUCUCGCAGCGAGCCACGAUGCCUUGACGCCAGGCAGUGCGAAGCGUAAGAGGAGCAAGCCGGCGAAAAAGCAGGUCACGCAAACGGGGCCCUUGUUCAGCCCAUCGGUGGACAGCGGGGUUACUCUUGUUUCAGCUCAAAGCGAUUCGUCUCUGGGGUCUUCAGAUGCAACAAAAAAGCAUAAAAAGCAGAAAGACCUGGACUCUUCUGGUCUGGAGUCCCCUCUCAGUUCUCCUGAGGUGUCCAGGAAGUCUAAAAAGACAAAGUUGGCUUCUCCAAUUCGGGGAGAGCUGAGCACUGACAGCACGGAGCCAGAUUUAGAGACAAAGCCAGUCAUCGGGGGGCAAGGAGAGUCAACAGAGCCACAGUGGACAGAAGAGCAAAUGAACAUGCUGAUAUCUAAUAUUGAACGCACGCUGCCCAAGAAAGAUAACUCCAAGUAUAGCACCCAGUUGGCCAAGGUCAGCUGGGACGACAUGGUCAUUGAAGGCAAAACUGCUGACCAGUGCAAGGCCAAAUGGACGGAGAUUAUGACCAAGAUAAGAAAAUUCCGCACUCUCACAGAUUUAGUUGGAGAUGCCAAGGAAUGGGUAAAACACCCUUGGACUAAUAACAACACCAUAAAGAAGAGACACCCAGACAUGCCCAAGAAACCCCUGGGUCCCUUCUUCAGGUUUAUGAUGGCAAAAAGAAAUAAAUACACCAAGCAAAACCCAGGGAUGUCCAUCACUGAAGUGGCUAAACUGAUUGGGGAAAAGUACAAGGAGCUCAACCCUAAGAAGAAAGAGCAAUAUCACAAGAUUUGGUUAAAGGAGCAAGAGGAAUAUAAAGAGGCGCUAGAAAAAUUCAAACGGGACCACCCAGAGCUGUAUGUUCAAGAGGAAGAGGAAAAACCGAAAACCCCAGCAGCUCAAAAGAUCCCGAAAGACAGGAAACCCCGCCCACCUCAAAACGCCAUGUUUCAGUUCGUACAUCACAAGAUGGAUAAACAUAUGGCUAAACAUCCAGAUGAUGACAAGAAGGAAGUAGCAGAAUUAUACAGGAAGAAGUACAAAGAAAUGAAGGACAGCAAAAAGAUGGUGUGGAUUAUGAAGGCUUUAGAAGACAAAGCCAGGUUUGAUGAGGAGAAUGCAGAGUAUUGUAAUCGACACCCAGAGUUCCAGCCUAAGGAAAUCAAGUUCUUCAUCACAAAAGAUGAACAAAGGGUGAAGGACAGACAGGAUGGGAAACCAGAAAAGCCACCUCCUAAUGGCUACUCCCUGUACACUGCUGAGACAUUGAACAUGCUGAGUGACUCGGACAUUCCCAACAUUCUCAAGAUGGCCGAAGUGGCAAGAAUGUGGAAAAAUCUCUCGGAAGCAGAACGCCAGGGCUAUGGCAAGAAGGCACAGGAGGGAAUGCAAGAGUACAGGUUGAAGUAUGAAGCAUACAAGGAAGGGCUGCCAGAGGAAGAAAGGCUGAAACUAGAGGAAGAAGAGAGACAGGGGGGAAAGAAAAAGAAAAAGUCCACCAGUCAAGCUCACUCCCCAAUGCCUCAGAGCAGACCCCAGAAGCCCAUAUCUGCCAUGUUUAUAUUUAUGAAAGAAAAGAAAGACCACUACAAGAAAAAGAACCCAGAAAUGUCAGAGAAGGAAUUGAACCAGCACAUGAUCAAGAUGUAUAAUGAGCUGUCUGAUCACAAAAAGGAAAAGUACAAACAAAUGGAGGCUGCUCACAAAGCCGAAGCUCAGACUAAAGUUACGGACUUCAUAAAAAAGAAUGACGCCAGCAUUCCUAAAACUUUCCCCGGUGAACCCAAGAGACCGCCUGGGAGUGGCUACCAGCUCUUCUCGACAGACCUCUUACUCAACGAACUAAGUCAUAUUCCGAGCAAAGACCGCAUGCAAGAAAUCAGUAAAAGAUGGCGGCAGCUGGAUGAGGCGAAGAAAGAAGAGUACAAGAAAAAGCGUAAUCAGCUUGUCAAGAGAUAUGAGAAAGAAGUGGAGAAAUUCAAGAAUAAAUUAUCUCCUGAAGAUAGACAAAAAUAUGAAGAUUACUUAAAUGCUAAAAAAGGAAAGACACCAGUGAAGAAAAAGCAGGCACCAGCUGCUGCAGCGCCAUCUACACCAGAGGAAUCUGGGUCUGAGUCUGAGUCAUCUUCUUCUGAAAGUGAAAGUGAAAGUGACUCUGAUGAUGAUGACGAGGAGGAAGAGACGGCAGCAGCAGUGCAGACCAAUGGGCCAUCAGCUCCAACAGCCAACACAAAACAGGUUUCCAAAGCAGCGAUGAGCAGCAGUAGCAGCAGUGACAGUAGCUCAGAGAAUACCUCGGACGAGUCCAGUAGUAGUGGCUCCGACUCCAGCACUGAUGAUGACUAAAGGACAACUACAGUUAGCAGAAAUGGAAUUAUCUGAUUUUUCUCUCUCUACUUCUUCUUGUAGAUUUCCUGUGGAAAGGAAAGUUGUGAAGGUUUUCUCUGACUUUUGCGCAGAUGUUGACUUAGCAGCAGCUGUAUUUAACAGGGACAGGAUUUCACAUUUUCUAUCUUCUUCUUCUUCUAAAGAUUUUUUUUGCUUUUUAUUAUAUGGAAGUGAAAUUUAUGGAAGUCUUUAUCCACUUCCUGCUUAGAUAAAGACUAAUAUUCAACUUCACUCUGUGGGGACACGAUUUUCUGAGAUUCUCUCUCUUCUUCUAGAAGACUUUCAGCUUUUUGUGUGGAAACAGAUGCAUAACUUUUAAUUUUCCUCACAGUAAGGUGCUCCUCCCAGCACACAUUAAGACCAAGAACUGACUACAGUUAGGAGAGACAGAAUUUUUUAUAAAAAAACCCUUUCACAGGAUGCCCUGCUUUUUUAUGUAGAAAAGAAAGGCAUGAAAGUUACUCUGACUCCCGCAGAGGAGAACUACUACAGAUAGGACUCUUUUGGAUGAUUUUCUGCUUUUUUCUGUGGAAAAAAAGUUAUGAGUUACUAAAUAAUAAGAAGAGAUGAAUAAUAAGUGCUGACCUGAAGUCAGAGGGUGAUAAAGAGCAUGUGAAGUAACAUUUAUUAUGUGAAAUAAAGACUCUGACUCUAGCACAAAGAAAAUUGGAAUUCAGAUGUAUUGGUAGUUAAGACACAUGUGUACAGCAAAUAUGAAAGUGGAGAUCAAAAAAUGUUUUGUGAAUGAAUAUAACAGUGACAGAAAAAAAACAUGAUUACAUUUGACAGUGGAAGUUGCAAUAAUGACUGUUCUUGUAGCAAAUGUACAACAGUAGCAGUGACAUAGUGGUAGUAAAUGUAGGUGUAACAGCAAUACAGGCUUUGGCUUUAUGUAAGCUGUAUAAGUUACAGUGGUAGCAGUAACAAAAAUCACAGACUCUGAAAACUGCUGUUUCAAAACGAGCAUUAAAGUGCAAAGUAGUGGCAGUGCACGCAAG